CCACUUUCAAAAUGUACAAAUCGAUCGUUCUAUUUGCGUUCGCCGCCAUUGUCAAUCUGGCUGCUGCCACACCACCAGCGUGCAUGCUUGCUGCAAUCAAGUAAAUCCCCCAACGGAUAUCGAUUCCAAAUAUGCGCGGUCUUGGGAAAAGCAUCAAUAAGCGGAUAUAUGACGAAAGAUUGUAGACUGACAAGGCCAUAUAGCACUCAAGAUAAUAUUGCCGACUUCAACUCCAUCUGCGGAGACAACGCAUCCGAUGUUCAGAGCUCCAUUCAAGAAGUUUGCGGCGACUCCGCCGAUACUGCAUUGAAGGCCUUUGCCGACGCCUGCAAAGAAAAGGGUCAUCAGGUUUCCAACCCAACUCCCUCCUCUAACCCAUCGUCUACCCCAACAGGUAGUAAGUCAUAUCUAGCAUUCUUCUAAACCUCCCUGUUACCUGGUACCUUAAAUAACGCUGACAUGAUUUUUCAAUCAGGUGCUGCCACCCAAACGACCGAGGUGUCACCCCAAAACCCCCUUGGUGCCUCGCCCACCUCAGGCACGGUUACAGACAGCGCA